ACGUGUGGUGGAUCGUGCACGAUGGUGGCACGCUCAUGCUGCUGCCCUUCCUCCUGCGCCAGCACAAGGUGUGGCGCAAGUGCCGGAUGCGCAUCUUCACAGUGGCCCAGGAGGACGACAACAGCAUCCAGAUGAAGAAGGACCUGCAGACGUUCCUGUACCACUUGCGGAUCAGCGCCGAGGUUGAGGUGGUAGAGAUGGUUGAAAAUGACAUUUCUGCGUUCACCUAUGAAAAGACUCUGAUGAUGGAGCAGAGAUCCCAGAUGCUGAAGCAAAUGCAGCUGUCCAAGAACGAGCAAGAGAGAGAGGUGGGUCCAGAGCCUCAAAGCCCCUCCCAGA